AUGACUACUCCAUCCUCUAUACCACGCUUUCUCCUCCCGCGAGGAGGUCUCUCUAAAUCUUCACUCGAACGCAUUCAAGCUCCACGACGAAACCGCAUCCAGCCCUCUCUACUCCGUCGUGUCAACUUCUCCUCUUCUCCUGCUACUCAUGCUACACCUACAAAGCCGCGCGUGCUGGAGAAACCAGACAAGUUUCGUCCUCCAUCUCACCCGGCCCGUCGAGUAGUCAAUCCCAACAAGAUGCCGAGGAACUACCCUGGCCCUGCACCCACGCCGAAGGAGAUAGCAGAACGCAAGACGAAACGAUACCCUAACAUGUUCCCGCCAGAGGGGACGGUGCUGUAUAAGUUCCUAACUAACAAGGGGAUUCACGUCUGGAUAUCAAUGAGCGUUCUCUUCUCCCUUGCCUAUUUCACUUGGUCGACGAACUUUAAGCGCACUUCGCCUUACGCACAUCUACUACCAGGCUGGUCCCAGCUGCUCUCGAGUCCGAUAAGUACUAUAUCGCAGUUCUUCACUGUGAUGAAAAUGCACGCUGAACAUACCACCGUUAUAUCGAAAGAGAAGCGGAAGCGGAUCGUAGAUGAUAUCGACAAGCGCAAGGAGUAUAGGAUUGCCCAUGGACUAGAAGAAGAUGAUAGGGUAAAAGCUGAUGAUGCCGAAGGCACUGAGGCGGUUGACGGGUUAGCUUUGGUGGAGGGCGCAGGUGACGUCAAGGGCGUGAGUUCAGAGGGGACUCCGUCCAUGAGGAAACCCAAGAGAUGGUUGGGUAUAUGGUAA